AUGGACGAGGUAACUAACAAAAAACAGAUGGAGGACAACAAAGUUCAAGAUGAAAGAAUAGUUUUGAACAUUGGAGGUGUUAAGUAUGAGACCUAUCGUUCAACUCUUACCGCUUAUCCCGAGACUCUUUUGGGUACAAUGUUCCAUGAACGCAACAAUGAUUUGCUCCGACCCGUAAAUAAUAACGAAUACUUUUUCGAUCGAGAUUCACAAAUAUUUCGUUAUAUAAUCCAAUACUAUCGCACCGGUAAAAUAACUUUUCCAGACAAUUCAUUAAUAACUCGACAAGAACUUUUGGACGAGAUGGAUUUCUUUCAAAUUCCCUUGCCUCCAUCGCAACCAGAUAUUCAUACCCCCGCUCCCAGAUCUUCUUUGCCCACGAUCGCACAAUACGCGGAAAUAGUUGACGAUUUUGUGCAAGCCAUUAAAUUUUCAAUGAUAGAAACUAGCUGGAAUUUUCACGAGUCCAUUAGCAUCACAUUUUACGCUACGCCACUUCACCAUGAAACGCUGCCUACUGAUCGAAUGAUGUGUGUAUCUCCAUAUAUCGAAAAGAUUAGAGAACGAUUGAAACCGUACGAGAGUAGUGGAUACAAAAUAUUGGAGUUAUUUUCGGCGGACAUUAAAAGUUAUUUGGAGAAUGUUAUGCCUAAUUAUACGUUGAAUGUCUAUAGCAGUUACCAUAAACAUUAUUAUCAUCCUAAUUAUACCGGUGGAAAUAGAUGCAGUCAUGCCCAGA